AUGAAUGAUGACCCAAGCGGAACGCCACUAACUAAACGGAUCAAGGCAGUGAGUGAGACGAAUGUUCCUAUCAAAUCGGUCAACAACAAAUCAGCAAAAAGCACAGGAGAAGACAUUUGCUACAUGAUGGGCGAAAAUGUGUUCAGACUCAGGGUCGGAGGAGUCGGAAUCAAAAUGACCAUUGACUCGGGAGCUGCUGCUAAUCUCGUAGACAUCGAUACAUGGAACACACUACGUGCGAAGGAAGCUAAACUGAAAUUCAGCUCCUACGUUGACCGAUCGUUAAAAGCCUAUGGAUCAUCGACGCCACUUAAUAUCAUCGGGAUGUUCACAGCAGUAAUCGAAGCAGGGGACAGUGAAGUCGAAGCGACUUUCUAUGUCGCCCAGAAUGAUAAACAAAGCCUAUUAGGAGACGAGACAGCCAAACAAUUGAAGGUACUCAAAAUAGGGUACAAUGUAGGAUCGGUUACAUCGUUUGAGAAAUUUCCAAAAAUAAAGGGAGUGUUGGUGGAAAUCCCUAUCGAUCCAAACGCGAAACCGGUUCAGCAGCCUUAUCGGCGAGCACCUUUCGCCUUGGAAUCAAAAAUUUCAGAGAAACUACAGAGCUUGUUGGAUCGAGACAUUAUUGAGAAAGAUGACCAGCCGUCCGCAUGGGUGUCUCACAUUGUGCCCGUCCUGAAGGACAACGGAGAGAUACGCCUCUGCGUAGAUAUGCGACGAGUGAACAAGGCCGUCCUCCGAGAAACUCAUCCCUUGCCAAUAGUAGACGAACUUUUUGGUGGAAUACAUGGUGCAGUUUGCUUUUCGAAGCUGGAUGUCAAGGAAGCAUACCACCAGGUUGAAAUUGCAGAGAGAUCGAGGGAAAUCACAACGUUCAUUGCAAAACAGGGCUUAUUCAGAUUUAAACGCCUCAUGUUCGGAAUAAGCUGUGCUCCAGAAUAA